ACACACAGUGUAUCUCAUUCUUAGACCUACUCGCAUUUGCUAGAGAGAGAUGGAGCAUCAGCAGCACGAGCAAGACGACGACGUUUACGGCGGCGACCUGCCCGACGAGGAUUACAUGGAGUCCGAAUUUGACCCUUCUGCCGACGCCGACGCUGAUGCCGAACCCGACCCUGAUGCUGAAGCCGCCUCUGAAUCCAAAACGCAGGAGUUGGAGAGCAUGAAGAAGCGGCUGCAGGAGAUUGAGGAAGAAGCAGGCGCACUUCGCGAAAUGCAAGCCAAGGUUGAGAAGGAGAUGGGGGCGAAUCAAGAAGAAGGUGGUUCAUCCGUUAGCCAGGCUGAAAAGGAAGAGGUGGAUGCUCGAUCCAUAUAUGUUGGUAAUGUUGACUAUGCCUGCACGCCAGAGGAAGUUCAGCAGCAUUUUCAGUCUUGUGGGACAGUAAACCGGGUCACUAUACUGACAGAUAAGUUUGGCCAACCCAAAGGUUUUGCAUAUGUAGAGUUUGUAGAGGUUGAGGCUAUUCAAAAUGCUGUGCUGCUAAAUGAAUCUGAGCUGCAUGGCCGCCAACUGAAGGUCUCUGCUAAGAGAACUAAUAUUCCUGGAAUGAAACAAUAUCGGGGAAGGCGUCCAAAUCCAUAUUUUGGUUCAAGAAGGCCUUUCAUGCCUGGUCCUCCUGUCUAUCCUCCUUUUAGUUAUGGGAGGGUUCCAAGAUUCAGGCGCCCAAUGCGCUACAGGCCGUAUUGAUGAAGAUUUUUCAGCAGCCUACCGUGCGGUUGAGGAAUAACUUGGGUUCAAGCAACUCCUCCAUUAAAUUGUAUCUUCAUAUGAUAUACUUAUCCAGAUAGCUAUAUGUGGUUAAUGGCUAGUUAUUCAAACUUCUUGUAACUUUUUAUUGUAACUUGAGUUAAUUUAUGACUGCUUAUAGGCAAAGGAAGAGAGAAAAGCUGAUAGCUUAGGGUCUUCUUAUAGUCUAUGGUUUUCUAAGAACCUCACAUGUUGGUGUGCACUGUAGCCAACUGUUCAGUGAUUACAUCUAUGCUAGCUGGAUAUUUGUGACA